AUGGCACCCAUGAAGGUCUUUCACGCCAUCCCUGCUUGCGGCUUCGCAAUCGGCUGUCUGGGGCUGGCCGCGCUGUCGUACUCACACCUAAAACAUUUCCAGCUUCUCGACGCUGUUUGGUGGGCGCAAUUGGUGUUCUUUGGUCUCUCUACAGGGCUCUUCGGAUGCUGUGUUUAUAGAUUGGCCUUCCAUCCUCUCGCCAAGUACCCAGGGCCUUUGGUCGCAGCUUUCACGGACUGGUAUACUGUUUACUGGAUCUAUGAUGGGGGCCGCCAUCUUGAGCUUGACAAGCAGCACAAGCGUUAUGGAAAACAUGUUCGAUUUGGGCCCAACCGUCUCUCCAUCAACUCCGCACAGGCAUCGAAAGACCUGCACGAUGUCCGCAAGAAGACAAACAAGGCCGACGCGUAUGCUUCCUUCAAACGAUUCUUUGGGGCUGAAAUGUCUCUUACUACGGUGGACCAUAAGGAGCACACGUUCAGGAGGGCGGUCAACCAAGCUGCCAUUACGCCUGCCGCCGUGAAAGAGUUCGAGGGCCAGGUGACGCCUCACGUUGAUGAUUUCAUCGACAUCAUUGCGGAGGGCGCAGGCAGCAAAUCACAAGGCGAAGAGGGAUGGAGCUUCGGUAAGGAUAUGUCUUACGCCGUCGCCUUCUGCCUUGCGGAUAUCAUGGGCUCUGUGACAUUCGGCCGAACAUGGAACGCCCAGAGGGACCCCCAGUUUCGACACUUUAUCAAGGACUUGCCCAAUGGUGUUGCUGGUAUCCAUCUGGUUGGCCACAUGCAAUCUCUCUUCUUCGGCAACCUGCAUAAGUUGUUGUUCAAGGAGCUCAUUACCGGUGUGGGGAACUUGAUGAAGGUCAGCAGAUCCUUUGCCCUGUGGCGCCUCGAGCAAGAGUCCAUGCCGAACAGAGAUAUUUGGGCAGCUCUUCUUGCAGCGCGCGAGCCCAAGACUGGCAGGAAAUUUACUACUGAAGAGCUCAUCUCGGAGGCGAGUCUCUUCAUCAUUGGUGGCACAGACGGCAUGAUCACUUCCACGACCGCGACUCUCUUUUACCUCACGCACAAUCCCCGUACCCUCGAGCGUGUGACGCGUGAGAUCCGGGAGGCUUAUCCCCUCAAGGCCGAGGACAUUGGCAAGAAGGGCUUGGACGUCAAGUGUCCCAUACGUUUUGCCUCUGCCGAGCUUCAGGCGAUUGAGUACUUGACUGCUUGCAUCGACGAGGCCAUGCGCCUUUCGCCUCCCGUGGCAAGCAUCCUGCCGCGCGAAGUCGGCCCUGACGGGCUCAUGGUCGAUGGCGAAUACUUCCCGCCCGGCGUCAACCUGGGGAUUCCGCACUACUCAAUGCACCACAGCGGAGACAACUUUGCUGAGCCCCUGAAGUACGCGCCUGAGCGCUGGAUCCCCGAGGAGCGCAAGAGGGGGGCCGAGGACGGCUCCGUGCCCGUGUCUGGCAAGGAGCCUGCUACUAUGAAGGCCGCGGCGGGACACACGGACGGAUUUACUCCCUUUGGUGCUGGCCGUAGCAGCUGUAUCGGCAAGUACCUGGCUUACCAGGAAAUGUCCAUCGUUUUGGCUCGCAUGCUCUGGUUGUUCGAUAUUCGCCUGGAUCCUAGCAGUAACUUGGGCGAGGGAGUGGGAGAUGACUUGGAGGGUCGGGGAUGCAGGAAUGAGUUCCAGCUGUAUGACAGGUUUGUCAGUUCCCAGAAGGGCCCGAUGUUGCAGUUUCGGUUCCGAGAGGAGUUGACUGCAUGA